AUGGGGGGUGGUAGUUUUACCUAUAUUUCGGACCAUGGUGACAAACUAAGCAAGCUGGACAGAGUUCUUGUCUGUAUGGGUUUUAUGGAGAGGUGGCCUACGGCCUCGGUUCUAGCACUUAAUCGAGAUGCUUCUGAUCAUAGGCCGAUAUUAUUAUCCACCAUUCCUUCAGAUUAUGGGCAUAUCCCGUUUCGAUUCUUUAACUCUUGGUUGGAGUUACCUGGGUUUUCGGAUUUGGUGAAACAUCUGUGUCAAAAUUUUUUCUUCAACGGUCCAGCUGAUAUGGCCCUCUUGGUUAAGUUGAGAUGGUUAAAAAAUAAUAUAAAAGCUUGGCUAAAGGCUGAAAAAGUCAGGUCCGAUGGAGAAUAUUCGGUUAAAAAAAAUCGCAUCCAAAGUUUGGAAAGGGAGGCGGAGUUACGGCCUUUGGGAGAUGGGGAACUAAAUGAAAGGGCGGAAUGUAUUAGUUUUAUUAUGGAGGUGGAUCGUAGAAAGCAGAUGGACGCUAAGCAAAAAUCCCGAUCUAGAUGGGCCCUUGAAGGAGAUGAAAACUCGGCCUUUUAUCAUAAUGUCAUCAAUGCCAACAUUAGUAAUAACCGUAUUAACGGUCUGAUCGUCAAUGGUGUUUGGUGUUCAAAUCCUGUGUUAGUUAAAGAAUCAUUUUUUGAUUUUUUUGCUAAUCAGUUCGUAGAGCCGAUGAAUGCUAGACCUGCCGUCAUAUGUCAGAAUUUGGUUUCCCUGUCUGAUGCGGAAGCUAAUAUUCUGGUUGAGCCGUUUUCGCUUAUGGAAAUUAAGGAAGCUAUAUGGAGCUGUGUUGGGGAUAGGGCUCCGGGCCCGGAUGGAUUUAAUUUCAAAUUUAUCAAAAAGCACUGGGAUAUGUUUCAAGGUGAUUUUUUAAAGUUUUUCAAGAGUUUUACGUUAGUGGGAACAUAA